AUGCAAUGGGUAACAGCGUACUGUGGGCUUCAAGGUAACGAAACUGCAGACUUCUGGCCAAAAAGCCGCCAAGAUUCUAUCUAUAUUAAGAAAUCUCUUAAGCCAGUUCCUUUCCACACCGCAAAAAGGCUAAUAAAAAUCUCUCUUCGAACAACAUUUGAGGCAAAACUCCAAGAAGUAAAUAAAGAUAAGGACUGGUGGGAAGGAAUUAAAGAUAUUCCGUCAUGGCCAAGAGAAAAAUCUGCGGCCCUUUUUCGCCUUGCCACUGGCCAUGACAGUUUAUCGAAACACCUGUACAGAAUCAAAAUCUUUUCAAGCCCUUUUUGUCCAUUAUGUAACCUGCAAGAAGGAAUGGACGCUAACCAUCUGAGACGUUGUCCUGCACUUCCUCCUGGACCCUUGUGGGAACGUUAUUGGCGGACGAGAUACAUUAUUAAAGGCCUAUAG